UACCUGAGCCGCGGAGCCUGGGCGGAUUCCGGAGGCCGGGGAGCCGCAGGAUCGGCGGGCACAGCCGGCACCGGCCGCGGCCUGAGCGCCCGCGCAGCCCGUGACCAUGAACGGCGAGGCCAUCUGCAGCGCGCUGCCCACCAUUCCCUACCACAAGCUCGCCGACCUGCGCUACCUGAGCCGCGGAGCCUCGGGCACCGUGUCGUCCGCCCGCCACGCAGACUGGCGCGUUCAGGUGGCCGUGAAGCACCUGCACAUCCACACGCCGCUGCUCGACAGUGAAAGAAAUGAUGUCCUAAGAGAAGCUGAAAUUUUACACAAAGCUAGAUUUAGUUACAUUCUUCCAAUUUUGGGAAUUUGCAAUGAGCCAGAAUUUUUGGGAAUAGUUACUGAAUACAUGCCAAAUGGAUCAUUAAAUGAACUCCUACAUAGGAAAACUGAAUAUCCUGUUGUUGCUUGGCCUUUGAGAUUUCGCAUCCUGCAUGAAAUUGCACUUGGCGUAAAUUACCUGCACAAUAUGAAUCCUCCUUUACUUCAUCAUGACUUGAAGACUCAAAAUAUUUUAUUGGAUAAUGAAUUUCAUGUUAAGAUUGCAGAUUUUGGGUUAUCAAAAUGGCGCAUGAUGUCCCUCUCACAGUCACGAAGUAGCAAAUCUGCACCAGAAGGAGGAACAAUUAUCUAUAUGCCACCUGAAAACUAUGAACCUGGACAGAAAUCAAGGGCCAGUGUCAAGCAUGAUAUAUACAGCUAUGCAGUUAUCACAUGGGAAGUAUUAUCCAGAAAACAGCCUUUUGAAGAAGUCACCAAUCCUUUGCAGAUUAUGUAUAGUGUGUCACAGGGACAUCGACCUGACACUAAUGAAGAAAGUUUGCCAUUUGAUAUACCUCAUCGAGCACUUAUGAUCUCUCUCAUAGAAAGUGGAUGGGCACAAAAUCCAGAUGAAAGACCAUCUUUCUUAAAAUGUUUAAUAGAACUUGAGCCAGUUCUGAGAACAUUUGAAGAGAUAACUUUUCUUGAAGCUGUUAUUCAGCUAAAGAAAACAAAGUUACAGAGGGUUUCAAGUACUAUUCACUUAUGUGACCAGAAGAAAAUGGAGUUAUCUGUGAACAUAUCUGUAAAUCGUGGUCCACAGGAGGAAUCAUGUGGAUCCUCUCAGGUCCAUGAAAGUAGUGGUUCUCCUGCAACUUCAAGGUCCCUGUCAGUUCCUCAAGACAAUGAUUUUUUAUCUAGAAAAACUCAAGACUGUUCUUCUUUGAAGCUCCAUCACUGUCCGGUAAAUCACAGUUGGGAUAGUACCAUUUCUGCAUCUCAGAGGAUGACAUUAUGUGAUCACAAGACUGCCCCAUGCUCUACAGCAAUAAUAAAUUCACUCUUAGCUGAAGGAAAUUCAGAGCGUCUGCAGCCUGGGAUAGCCCAGCAGUGGAUCCAGAGCAAAAGGGAAGAAAUUGUGAACCAAAUGACAGAAGCCUGCCUUAACCAAUCACUAGAUGCCCUUCUGUCCAGGGACUUGAUCAUGAAGGAGGACUAUGAACUUAUUAGUACCAAGCCUACAAGGACUUCAAAAGUCAGGCAAUUACUGGACACUACUGACAUCCAAGGAGAAGAAUUUGCCAAAGUUAUAGUACAAAAGUUGAAAGAUAACAGACAAAUGGGUCUUCAACCUUACCCAGAAACACUUAUGGUUUCUAGAUCACCAUCUUUAUUUCAAAAUAAAAGCUUAUAAGUGAGUCUUUUUCAAGAAGAAAAGUCAGUCUGUAAAAGGAUAUUUAUCUUUCUGUUGCCUUGACAUUGUUUUUAUAAAAUCCAUACGAGUAUUAGAAGCUUUACUGAAGAUUCUUCUUUGGGUAAAUAUUAGUCUCCUUCUGUGACAUUGCAGUAUUUUUUUAAAUUAAUGUAACUAAAAAGUUUUCAUUUUGCUACAUAUUUCAUUUUUUUUGUCUCUUUUGUUAACUGAAACUUUUUUAAAGUGUAAUAAUUAUAUUGUUCUUGUUCAUAACAGUGUCUUAAGUUAUAAUGAGUUUCUGAUGGAAGCCAUUUCAAAUUCA